AUGUGUUUUCAGUAGCGGGGACACACUAUAUACAAUCACGGUAGCAAACUAGACAGACUUUAGGACCCUGCGAUGAUGUGAUGCCCGAAGAGAUUGGGGGAGUGGGGGCUGGAUGAGACAGUGGAGGAGGAACAGAGAUGUGAAGAGAGAAGAGGAGCAGGAGAGUCAGAAGCCACUUCUACUGCUGUUUGAAAGUCUUGCCACAGGGACUUAGAAGAGCAUUGGUGGUAUAAAUAUCCAGAAUAAACAGGAUUAAAAGAUCAACUGACUCCAUCUGAGUGAGUGUGAAGUGGGAGAGAAUAAAGUGCAGGCAUCAGGAGUACUGAACUUGGGAGGCAAGAAGCAUCACUUCUUAUAUGCUUAACCUCACACACAACCAGCUUCAUUUUAGCUACUCAUUAACUCGCAACAUCCAUCUAAACCCGUUUUACAGCGGUGUGGAAGAUAUGUGUUGGUGCAGAAUUGCUGAAUGUGUUGGACUGCUGUAAUCAUCUGUUUUGUGGAGUUCAGCAGUGCUGGGAGACACUUGACACAUACACGCACCCACACACUCCACGGACAUCAUCACAGAGUUCAGCAUCAGAGCACUGUCCAUGUGCCACGAUGAAAGGUGAGAGGUGACAGAGAGACUUUGCGACUGUUCCAACGUGGGCCGGGUGGGAGAGCAUGCUGCAUUAAAAAUACAUCUCCCAAAAGAGUGUCUGGUCUCAACUAGCACACAGCAGACCCUGCCAACCUGCCAGAAAUCAAUACCUGAGCACUGAGCAUUUCUUCAUCAAGACAUUUCUCUACGGCCAAACGGAAUGAGAUUCCUGAGCACUUGCUGAGCAGAAAGUACACUCUGGAGAAUUUCUAUUUUUGUGGACGUCAAUUUCACAGCUUUGAAAACCAACUGGGGGACUACAAACAGAGUAAAUCUAUAUACAGUAUGUAUAUUUAUAUAUUUCCCUCAAGAAUAGUUGAAUAUCUGUAGUCCUGUAAACCUCCUGGCGAUUGGUCUUCGAGGACGUUUUUAACACCAACAUUUUCUUCAAAGAUUUCAAAGACGUCUGUUUUGAUCUGUCCAAAUCCCAGCUAUUUAUAUUUCAGUCAACUACUUAUUUAGAUAAAAGUCUCUCACUGCUGUUAAAAUUCUGAUAAAAUAAGUUUAGCCCAUUUGUCUGUAUUGAGAAUCACAGUGAAAACAGAAGGGAAGAUUACAGAUAAAAUCCCUCAGCAUUACACAAGCCGUCUUUCAGUCUGUUGCGAAUCAAGGUAUUCCAUCAUCUGAACUGACUUCCAUCUUUUUCAUACAAAGUGAAAUGCAUUAGCAUAUGUAUGGGCUGAGAUACAUCCAAUCAUGUAAAAUGUGCUACGCGGGCCUUGCAUUCAGCCAACGAGCGAAGGAACAAAUGGCAUCUGACAUGUGAAUAUGCAAGAGCUCUACGCAUUUAAAUCACAGACUAAAAUAAGUCCUCACUCAACGCAACCUCAGAUGAGAAUUUGUCAUAGCAUGAGCUAGUCACCAAGAUUUAGGCUUGUUGAACCAAAUAUUUAAUAUAAGAUGAUUUAUUGCCAAGCCACUGCUUCUGUAUAAGUGACGCAUUCUUAAGAGUGAAACUGUCGUUCAAUCCGUGGCAAAGACUCAGUUAAUGUUGUCACCUCCAGACCUUAACAUAGACCUCGCAAAAUGGAGAGUCUAGAUGAACUCGAACAUCCACUAUUGGCUGACAGCCCCAAGAGCCCAAGUGGAACAAGCAGUGGUGGUGGUCUGUUUAAAGGCAUAUUGGUGAGAAAUGAGCAGGACAAAAGACUGCCCCCUCUGGACUGGAGGAAUUAUUGCAGUUCUACAGAUAUUCAACAACAGCAACUAUUGGACCCAUGUUCAUUGACUAGCACUCUAGAGACACUUUACCCUCCAACCACCAUUUGGGCGGCUGCUGACUCCUUGGGCAUCCACAGUAAGGAGUAUCUGGAAACCACAUUUGUGGACAUUUGUCCUGGUUCGCAUUUGGAAAGGAAGUUACUGGCAGAGACUAGAGAUGUCCACAGUGUCUCUUACAGCAUGGAGGAUGGGGAUGACCUUUUACCAGACUUCGAGGACUCUUCCAGCGAUGACUUCAGUGAUACAGACAGUGAGAGCAACUUUCCCAUCAUGAUCGCUCAAGAUUACCUGGGCUUGGCUUUCUUCUCCAUGUUGUGUUGUUUCUGGCCUCUGGGCAUCGCUGCAUUCUAUCUUUCCCAAAAGACAAACAAAGCGUCGGCGCAGGGAGACUUCCAGGGUGCCAGUGCCGCGUCUCGGCAGGCUCUGUGGCUCUCUAUCCUCUCAAUUGUUUUCGGCAUCAUCACUUACAUUUGUGCUAUCGCUGCCCUUAUCUCCUAUCUGUCUGGGAAACCACCUUAAAGACAAAUGCAUCAUUAUUCCCUCUCAUUUACUGCAGCAACACACCUCCCUGGAUCAUAGUCACACAAACUACUGCUCUAUACAUGCAUACAGUACACUCGCCUACACAUGUUAUAAAUACUGUACAGGCAUUCAACAGAGACCACAUCUUAUUUAUUCUCUCUGCAAGUUCAUGGCAGUCCAAACAUUAUUUACAACACAAGAUGUACAGCAAUAGAACAAGAUGCAGCCCAUAACAAUGUGAUUUGUAUUGUAGUUUUGCUGAAAGCUUUGGGUCAAAACAUACAAUGUCAUCGAUAAUCAUUGUAACAUGCACAGAAGAGAGAUUAGUAAUCUGUCUCUUCAGUUGUGUAUGAGUAGGCAGGGUAGAGAGCAACUGAGGUUUGUUUGAAAAGAUCAUGACAAGGGCAGCAAUAUCUGGACAUCACGACAGACUUGGCUGCAAAACACCAGGACAAGCCCUCCGAGACAUAUAACUUUGAGCGAACUGGGUCAGUUUCUACUGCAACUCUAAGACUGGUAACUAAACUACUCACCAAAUCGAAGAUAGCACAGCAUAUCAGAAUUAAUUUGAUACUAAAAAUGAGGUUGCAAUACAGUUUAUGCAAGGCCCGAAAUUAACUUUUGUCAAAUCUGAGUAAAAAUAUUCGAUAUUGAUAAUUUAUACAUACUACAAGUUAAAAUUAUAAUGAUAGUUUGAUCCUUGCAAAUAGAAGCAAUUUAACGGAUUUAAAUCUAAGAAAUGCAAAAUGUAAAGAAAAUAUCAUGUACGUCAUAAUUUUGUCUACAAUUCCCAAAAGUCUACUUAUACUUUUCACAUUAAACCCAAAAACAUGUAGGAACAAAAAUCAUGUGACUUCACGGUUGAGCUGUUUGUCCCAAUAUCCAAAGAAAAAGCUCAAUGUAGCCAGUAAUAAUAUUUAAAGAGUCUCUUUGGUCUCUCACCAUUGUAACAAAAAGUUCGUUUUGGAAGCGGUAUGUACAUGAGAAUUACAGAUCUGUUUAAACACACACACAGGUGUAUACGCAGUCAUACGGCGAUUACUGUUAUGCAUAACAGUUCAUUGCAGUGCAGCUGUCACCAUGAGUCAUGACAUUAUAAAAACCUCUCCUGCAGAACUAUAUUUAUAGCUUUAUAAAUGUAGACUCUCCAUCUACCCAUCAUCUAACUAAACCAACUGGAGAUAUUAAACACCUCACGUGGCACAGCUAAAACAACUUUCAAUUCUGUGCUAGUCACAAUUUAUAUUCAUACAGAACUACAAGGCAUAUUACUGGUAUGUUUUGCAGAUGUCAUAUUCCCUGGGGUGAAAGGAUCAAGUAAAUUAAAAACUAAAGCGUAUGUGCUUACUCAUACAGUCACUGAAUUGAGCUGCAUUUGUGUGAUUGAGGGCGUGCGGUAGAGGUCAUGAAAUACACAAGGGAAAAGGGAAUUCUGGGAUACUGAAAGCUCUAAACUGACAACCAGAAUGUUCAUCAUAACUUAAUUCUACUAAUACAUAACCAUUUUGCAGGAUUAAAGUUUGCCUUGAUAACCACUACCGAAACUGCUUUUAUAUUUACCAAACACAUCAGUUUAUUCAUUUGAUUUGUAAAUAAAUAUUCACACAAUAAACCUGUGUAAAAUAUUUAAAAUAUGAUUCACUAAACUAAAAAACAGUAUAUUGCCAUGGCAAACAAAUAAAUAUCAUAUCAAGUCCCAGAAUUUGGUUAAAACGCAUUUUCGAGAAAUAUUCAAAUGUCAACUGCAUUACACUACAAUCAGAAAACCACAGUAUUUCAUUGAAAGGUUGAAAUGUGCCGUUCCAAAAAAGAUUAAAACUACAAAACAGCAGUCAACGGUCUUGGCAGGUGUUCUCAGAGCUCCCUGCAGUUCAAAAUUGGGUCAUAUCAUAGUAGGAGAUUGUGUUAUUUCUACAAGCUGUCCCACCGUGCAGAGGAGAGCAGUAGCACAUCCUCUCUGCUGAAUUACUAUGGCCUCUGUGAAAUCAGAAUUUAAGAGGAAUCAUCACAAACAGCCACACAGUGUACAUGUGCUGCAGUUUAUUCUCAGUAAUACGGAAAAGAUGAUAAAGAUGCCUCUGCCUUCCUUCCUCUACAUUUUUCUUGUGUAAAUGUGUAUGUAAAUUUUGCAGAUUCCUGUUACGAACGAAUAAACGCACUUGAUUGAA